CCAGUCGUGCGGUCAUGCCCUAUCUCUCGUUCCCCUCUGCCCUAGCCGCCGCCCGCCCGCCGUCACUGCCCUCACCGCCGCCGCCCACCACCUCUGCCCUCACCGCCGCCGCCGCCGUCUCUGCCCUAGCGACCCCGCCCCCGCUCUCUUGAAUCUUGAUGGAGAUGGACGAUGAUGAAUCGGGUGACGGCCGUGAGAGGUCUUUGUCCUCGAUUUUGAAGGAGAAGGGCAAGACGAAGGGCACGAAGGCGCCGACGGGGAAGACGAAGACGACGGUCGCCAGCGACGUCGCGGCGGCGAUGGCGCGGUCGAAAUCCAACCCCUCCAUUGUCCUCGUCGACAAGCCGGGGCAGCGUCAUCGAGCCCCUCCUCCUCGGCCUCUCCUUGCACCUGCAACUGCACGCGCAACAGCAAGGGCGCCGCAGCCGGUGUUUCUACAUCAACGGGCUGCAUCUCCAAGACCAAAACCAAAGCUUCAUCCAAUUUGUCAAUGAAAAAAUAACAGGAAGAGGAUGUGGAAGAGGGCCAGCAACGUGAGGAAGAGAUCAAGCAACCUGAUACUGAUAUGGAACAAGAUAAGUCAGAGGACAACUCAUUUGAUUUUGAUGAUGACAUUGACAUGUCUGAGGAUGGUAUAGGGGGUUCUGAAGCAGCUGAUUAAGUAGAACAAGAAGUUGUGGAUCUUAGCUCAGAAGAUGGAAAGAAAAAGAAGAGAAAGGGGAGAUGUGGAGGGGUGAAAACUACCAAAUCCAAGGAGUUGUCUAAAUGUUGGUUGUACUUUAGGAAGAUAAUGGUGCCAUCAGUUGAUGAUCCAAACGUGGAGGAGAUGAAAGCAAGGUGUAGGUAUUGCGCUAAUUUGCUAACAUACAAACAAGGUUCAAGCACUUCUCACCUUUUGAGGCAUAAGAGAUCUUGUACCGCAAUCAAGGCCAACCUUCAGAGAUUAAGUGUGCAAUCACGCCUUGGAUUCCAACCAAUUAGUGCUAGUUCUGGUCUUCCUUUGCAAGUCCCAACUAAUGGGUUUGAUCAGGCUACUGUCAAGGAGCUGAUUGCUAAGAUGAUUGCUGCCCAUGACUACUCUUUCAGAAUGGUUGAGCAUGAGUGGUUCAAUGCUUUGAUGAAGUACAUGAACCCACUGUAUAAACAAAUUGGCAGGAAGGCAAUAAGAGCUGAAUGCUUGAGGGUGUACAAGGAUGAAAAAGAGAUGCUUAAGGCUGAGUUGAAGCAUGUUGCUUACAUAAGCCUCGCCACAAAUUUGUGGACAAGCAAUCAGAGCAUAUCAUAUAUAUGUGUGGUGGCACACUAUAUAGAUAAAGAUUGGAAAAUGCAGACCCGUGUGCUGUCCUUCACGGAGUUAGACCCACCUCACACUGGACACGUCAUUGCUGAUGCAGUGUUUGUGUGUGUGGCUGAAUGGAAGCUAGAGAAGAAGAUAAUUUCCAUCACACUUGACAAUGCAUCAAACAGUGAUGGGGCUGUUAGAGAUCUGAUGGCAAUGUUUGAUGUUCGAAGAGGGACAUCCUUUGAUGCCAAGUAUUUCCAUGUGAGGUGUUGCGCUCACAUCAUCAACCUUGUGGUGCAGGAUGGGACAGCAUAUAUGACAAACUUGGUUAGCAAUUUGAGAGAGAUUAUAAAGUACUUCAAGAAGUCUCUUGCUCGGCUACACAAGUUCACUGAGAUUUGCAGGGUGUUAGGACUUGAGAUAGGAAAACAUUUGUGUUUGGAUGUUUGCACGCGGUGGAGUUCAACCUACAAGAUGAUCAAUGUUGCUUACCCAUAUAGGCAAGCAAUGAAAUCAUAUGCAAUUUCGGAUGCCAACUACAAGUGGGAGCCUUCCAAGCAAGAAUGGAAUUUGUUUAAGCUUAUUGAGCCUUUGUUGUAUGCAUUUGCUUGUGUUGCUACUUCAUUUUCAACAACAUCAUACCCCACCUCAAACAUAUUCUAUCCCCACAUUGUGAGUAUCAAGAAAGAAUUGAGAAAGGCCAUGGUUCAUCAAAAUCAGCUCUACAAUGAUAUGGGGCAUAAAAUGAUGGAGAAGUUCAACAAAUAUUGGGAAGACACAAGCAAUGUGAUGGUCAUUGCCACCUUCCUAGAUCCAAGGUACAAAAUGAAAUAUGUGCAAUGGUGCUUUCAGCAGAUUUAUGACGAGGACAAGGGUAAAACUGAGUUAAAGGACUUCAAGAUGGAGUUGGAGACCUUGUAUGAAAAGUUUGAUGCCCAAAUCAAGCAAACUUCACAGCGGGCUGGUGUCUCAACAUCUAAUGCUUCUUCCAUGGCAAGUAGCUCAAUGCCACCAGCAGAUUCUGAGUUUGCGGCUUUCUUGAGUGCCACUUCCGCACAACCAUCCAAAAGUUCACUUAGAAAAACUAUAUGGAUGAUGCAAAUGAACCAAUGAAUCCUAAGUUUGAUAUCCUUGGGUAGUGGAAGUUGAAUGGACAUAGAUAUCCUGUGUUAGCGGUCAUGGCUAGAAGGUUUUUAACGGUCCCAGCCAGUUCUGUCUCCUCUGAAUCAACUUUCAGCACUGGUGGAAGGGUUCUAGAUGACUUUAGGAGCUCGCUGAAACCUUACAUGGUGGAGGCCUUGGUGUGUGCCGCAAGCUAUAUCAAGGGAACCCAUAGGGACUUGAAUUUGGUGGAACAAGAGGAUGAUGAGGUGGAGGAUGUUGAGAAGAUAACUUUGCCUAGUAGUGUGGCAGAUUGCAACUGAUAGUGUGGUGGCUGUGAAGUGUGGCUAAUUUCAUGUCUUCUGGAUAGGGUGGGCAGCUGGCUGUUUGAUUGUUUCAACGACCUUAAGAAUUCAUAUUUUCUCGUCGUAGUGAACUGCUUUAUUAUUUUCCAAAUGGCAAUGUUAUGCCUAUCUCGUGGACUUCUUUUAUUUGUGGAUGUGAUUCUGUGAACUUGUGCCUGUGAGCUAUGCCUGUGAACUUGUGCCUUCGGCUGGGAGCUUGUGAGGCUGUGAGUGUGGAAUUGUGCCUAUGAACUUAUGCUGUGAUGAUGUGAACUAUUAUUUCUGCUGUUAGUUGUUACUUUGUGAGGCUGUGAAUCUGUGAUCUAUGAUUAUUUUGUUA